GAUACGACAAUUUCCAGGGUCUCCUCGCGAAUCCGGCUCAGUUCUUGGUUCAGGAAAAAGGUCAAGAGAAGAACGGUAAAGAUCCUGUCCAGCUUCAAACGGAGUAGUUUUAGUCUUUCAUGCUACGAUGAUGACUUUGUCCUCGACAUCACCGGAUCAAAACCGAUUACUCUUCCCCCAUUGCUUGUGUUAGGACGUUCUGCUGAAAAGUCAUUUGAGAAAAAGGCAUUGGUCUGGUCUGACGGGACUGCAGGAGAAGCAGCUGAAAACAAGGGAAACUUUGAUGAAGCGUUGUCACGGUUAGAUUCGAAUGAAAUGACUGCCGAUCAUCUUCGGUAUGCUCUUUUCCGUCAUGGUGAAAUCGAUUCGGAUUGGGAAAAGAAAUUUCUUGAGCCUUACGGUGUUGUUUUGGUACAACAAGUUAUGGACCUCUUCCAACUGGAAAUGGACACCACUCCCAAUGACCUCAUUGAAUGGACGUCUUCAAGACAUAUUGAAAGAAACGUCUGCAAUUCUCUCGUCGUUUGUCAAAAAAAAUAUCGAAUUCUACCCUCCUCUAUGAUUCUUCGAGAAAUCGAACGAGAAGGUCAAAACUCAGUCGGUGGUGGGGGGUUUGCAGAUAUAUGGCGUGGAGCUGUGAACAAUCAGUCUGUGUGUUUGAAAGUUUUAAGACUGGUCAUCGAACCGGACGCGGAACAAUUUUGCAACGAAGCGCUCUUAUGGAGACAACUCAAGCAUCCGAACAUUCUUCCCUUACUCAGUGUCAACGAAGAAAUCUUUGCUCCUUCUUUUUGCCUAGUUUCUCCCUGGAUGGCAAACAAGGAUAUUAUCACUUAUCUGAAAGCGAAUCCCACCCAUAGCCGACACAAUGUACUUACAGAGAUCGCGGCAGGUUUGGCGUAUCUUCACUCAAGAACACCUCCUAUGAUACAUGGCGACAUUCGAGGAGCUAACAUACUGGUGACAGACGACUUUCAUUGCUGCUUGGCAGAUUUCGGUUUAGCAUUGCGACUACGAGUACUGGCAUGUUGGAUGGCACCUGAGCUAAUCAUUCAAGGCCCAGUCGAAGAACACCCACAUCACUCUUCGCGAGAUAUUUACGCAUUUGGCUGUACUGUUGUGGAAAUUCUAACGCUGAAGGUUCCUUUUCACGAUCAAAGAACUGAUGCCGCAGUGAUCUACAGUUUGAUGCUGGGAGAACGACCUGCUCGGCCACAAGAUGUUUGGUGUCCAGAUACAAUCUGGGACCUCACGACUCGCUGCUGGACAAAAAUCCGGCCCUUCGCCCCUCUGUUGAACAGGAAAUGGUUAUGGCUACAUUCUUUGGCUGUUUGAACAGCGGUUGUGCCUCAUCAACUAGUGCUCGGACUAUAAUUCUCAUUUCGGGG